GGGCGGCAGCGGUGAUCCCUCGGCUACCCCGCGGGCGCCCAUGGACCAGCGGGGAGGGCGGGCGCUGGCGCACGGCUCCGCGCCCCGGCGAGUUUCUGUUUGAGAAAUACGCGUUCAGUCAGCAAAACAAAAACAACUUUUAAAGGUUGUUCUCGGUGGAAAUCGCUCUAUGCCCCAUUACCUACUUGAGUGAAACCAGACUAAGAACUGUCAUGGCAGCUUUUCUGCUGGGAGCUGUGUUGCUUAUUGUUCAGCCUCAGGUAGUGCCUUCCAGACCAGCUAUAAAUUCAAAGGCAGAAACUUCUUCUCAGUCUGUUCAGAGAGAGCUUUUAAAGAAAACAUCUCAAAAAAAUGACUUCAAGGAAAAUAUUCAUUCCAAUGGAUCGUGCCGGCAGCUGCCACAUACUAUCAUUAUUGGAGUGAGAAAAGGUGGAACAAGAGCUUUGUUAGAGAUGUUAAGCCUCCAUCCAGAUAUUGCAGCAGCAGAAAGUGAAGUUCACUUCUUUGACUGGGAAGAUCAUUACAGAAAUGGAUUGCAGUGGUAUAUUAAUCAGAUGCCGUUUUCUUAUCCCCAUCAGAUCACAGUGGAAAAAACUCCAGCAUAUUUUACAUCACCUAAAGUGCCUGAAAGAGUUUAUAACAUGAACCAAUCAAUGAGACUACUCCUUAUUUUGAGAGACCCAAGUGAGAGAGUACUAUCAGAUUACACCCAAGUGUUCUAUAACCACAUGCAGAAGCACAAGCCGUAUCCAUCCAUUGAACAAUUCCUGAUUAAAGAUGGUGAACUCAAUGUGGGCUACAAGGCAAUAAACAGAAGCUUAUACUACAUUCACAUGCAAAACUGGCUGAAGUAUUUUCCCCUUGAUCAUAUCCACAUUGUAGAUGGGGAUAAACUAAUCAAAGAUCCCUUCCCAGAAAUAGAGAAAGUAGAGAGAUUUUUGAAGUUGUCACCACAGAUAAAUGCUUCAAACUUUUAUUUCAAUAAAACAAAAGGCUUCUAUUGCCUAAGGGACAGUGGUAGAGAGCGUUGUUUGCACGAGUCAAAAGGAAGAGCACACCCGCAAGUAGAUACCUGGUUGCUUGAGAAACUGCAUGAAUAUUUCCAUGAACCCAACAAGAAAUUUUUUGAGCUUGUGGGCAGAACAUUUGACUGGCACUCAUUUGUGGCAAGUUAGUGGUAGCUUCAGAACCUGUGUUCCAGUGUACAGUUAGAAAUUCUAAAAAGGGCAUUUAAGCUAUAAUUUAUUUGUAAAAUCCAUAAAUACUUCUGUACAGUAUUAGAUUCACAAUUGCCAUAUAUACUAGUUAUAUUUUUCUACUUGUUAAAUUUGAAAGCAUUUUGUAUUGUUUUUCAUGGUUGUUAACAUUGUGUAUGAUGUGUCUAUAAGAAGAAACUAAAUUAUUUCACUGCAGAA